AUGACGCGCUUUGAGACUCGAUACACCCUGCUUUUCAACCUCCAACCAACAACGCGCUACCUCACUGCCACUGCUAUCUCAAUCCUGUCUCUCACAUGCUCGGAAGUGCCGUUGCUGCGCUCAUGCCUAGGGGUCGUGACGUCCAACCACCUCGCCCACCAGUUCGCAAUUAUGUCGCCCAGACGACUAAUCACCAAGGACAACACCAAAUCACUACAGCAAACGGUGUUCACCUCCAGAAACACUCGUCAAACCAACCUCCCGUUCAGGUCCCCAGAUCAUCCACAUCCCGAUGAAGAGCUGCGAGCCGACCCCAACGCCGAUGUGCAACCUUCUACACGGCGAACUUAA